AUGGCCAUGUGGUUGCGGCGAUUCGUGUCGAGCGACGAGUGGCAGGACGCCGCAGCCGCGGGCAUCACGCUCGUCAUCUGCCUCGGCUGGCUGCUCUCCGUCCAAUCUCUCGUCGCGCUCCGUCUGAUCUCCCCCUACGCGCGCCUCGCCGCUGCCGUCGUCCCGCUCUUAAUCACCCUCCACUUCACACUCGUCGGUCUAGGCAUGGUUAAGGAUCAGUCAGCUAUUAACUCCGUCACGCGGCGCGGCGAUCGCAGGGAAAUGCUGCGCGGGCCCGUGAUGUAUGGGCUGUGUUUCGUCGCCUUCACUGUGCUCUUCUGGCGCCACUCCCCCUCCGCCUUUCUCGCGCUCAACGCGCUCUGCGCGGGAGACGGAUUUGCGGAACUCGCGGGUCGGCGGUUCGGGAACGCGCCUUCGCAGAAACUUCCGUGGUCCGGAGUCAAGAGCUGGCCUGGCAGCGCGGCGAUGCUUCUCUGCAGCUUCGGGUUUGGGUUCGGAUCGCUGCUGCUCUUUGAUUCGUUUGGCAACUUCGCCCCGCGCCAUGUCCACGUGGCAACAGCAGCGCCUGCCACGUUGGCGAUAGCGGCAGGUGCGGCAGCAGUGGAAGCGGUUGCGCCUGGCGAUUGGGACAACGUGCUUGUGUGUGUGGUCGUGGCUGUAGCGGGGGAGUUGGCAAUGCCUCUGCUUGUGAGGUAA